UGGCUACGCCUGCCACCAGAACUACGAAGAAUGAUCUUAGAAGAGCUAUAUCUAUUAUCUCAUGAGCAAGCGGAAGGAGACUCUCAACAGCGAAAACGCAAACGGUCUGGCUAUGUCACUGUCUGUCGAGAAUGGCAGUUUUUCCUUGAGCCUUUCCAAUUCAAUAUCUUUACAUUGCAUCAGUCAGAUCUCGCAGAUUUUGAUAAAAUCCUGCAAGGCCAUCGUAGAAGGAGCGUGAAAUUCAUCUGGCUUCGCUUGGAGCUCCCUAAAUACGAUUGCAAUAGCUGCGGACAGCAAGAAUCCCUCAGGGAAGUGAGAAUAAACGAGAUUCUCUUCACGAAUGCCGUUUGGAGCCUGUUUUCCAUAUUAUCUUCAUGGGUAAAGGGAGGCGACAGUGGAUCUGAUGGAAUAACAUUGCAGCUCAGCGCCCAUUCUCCAAGCGAUGCUCUCCACUAUUGCCAGGAACUUAAGAAACGAAUCGGUUACACUGGAUUCUGGGGCCUUGCGCCUAUGAAACGAAACCAGAUCCUCAGGAAUGAGGACUCUCACGGCUGGAGACGAGGGCGGCAGAUCUACCCACCCAGAGAUGAAGCCAAACUCAGAGUCUUUGGGCAUCCGAGGGGCUUACGCUUCGAUUUCCGCGCAUCUCGGGCACGGAGUCUGGGGAGCUUGCCCAAAGUCAAAGUUGUCAACAAGUUGCACAUUGCUCGCCAAUUCUACCGCCAUUUUUCCAUACCAAAGGCCUUGGAACCUAUUAUUAAGAGUUUGCCCCAGCUUGAGAAGCUUGUGUAUGAGCCAUGGCGGGGAAUCAAUACACGGAGAUUCUCAGGCCCGGAAAUAAGGGACACGCAGCAUACUCAUCUAUUGCAAAACGUCGUACGACGCCAUAAAUGUUUGAGGUCAAUAUCUAUAUUUGAGAGCUUCAGCGGCGUAAUCCACGGUCCAGGAAUUAAAAAACCAGACGUAACCUUGGGUCGCAGUUUUGCAGAUGCAAGCCUGAAUCUCAGUGAAAUGUUUGCUGCCGUUAACGUGGACGCCAAAGAUGUCUUCUACGCAUUUUGGCCAGUCAAAAACCCAAGGCUCGCGCCCAGCAUGACAUGGAGUAAGAUGGAACGCAUAUGUCUUUCUUCCGGGCUACUCAACCCUACGCACUACAAUGACUUGAUCCAAGUUGCAGCCUCGGCGGCGCUCAACAUGCCAAAGCUUCGGUGUAUGGAGCUAUGGAACUGCGGUAUGCACAGUUCGUGCAUAUUCAGAUACUAUGAAUGUCAAAAGGGGCAGCACAUACGAAAGGUGCGGCUGCUGAGCACAUGGCAUGGAAAACUUAGCAAAUCGGUGGUUUCUCGCUGGCGG